GACUCAGAACACAGUGAGAUGUUUACCCAAUGGCUUGUGUACUAAUUGAUACCUUUUGUAGUUUUUGUGGAAAAGAGAAGGAAAAACAGAAACCUUCACUGAAAACUUGGCCUAUGUAAUUGUGGUCAUUGUGAAGCGUUGCCUAUACUACUUGUACCCACUCAGUAUGGGGCAAAGAAGUUUAACGGGAUUUACACGUUUGACUGUAGAGGCUUAGAGUACAUUCUGUUGGAAGCAUCUGUCUGCACAGGAAGCAACUCAUCCCAGUUUUGGUGGAUGCCUGAAUUUUGAUCUAUGUUCUACCUACAUCCAGCUGGCUGAAAGUACUUGAUGAUCACAUGACCCUGGACAUGGAUGCUGUUCUGUCGGAUUUUGUCCGUUCCACAGGAGCAGAGCCAGGGCUAGCGCGAGAUCUCCUAGAAGGAAAGAAUUGGGACGUAAGUGCCGCCCUCAGUGAUUUUGAACAGCUACGUCAAGUCCAUGCUGGGAACCUACCCCCAUCCUUUAGUGAGGGGAUUGGUGGCUCCAGGACCCCUGAAAAAGGAUUUUCUGACAGAGAGCCUUCUCGCCCUCCCCGACCCAUCCUCCAACGGCAGGAUGACAUCGUUCAAGAAAAACGCCUGUCUAGGGGCAUCUCCCACGCCAGCUCCAGCAUUGUUUCCCUGGCCCGGUCCCAUGUCUCCUCCAAUGGUGGGGGUGGGGGGAGCAAUGAGCACCCCCUGGAAAUGCCCAUCUGUGCCUUCCAGCUUCCAGAUCUCACUGUGUAUAAUGAAGACUUCCGCAGCUUCAUAGAGAGAGACCUCAUUGAGCAGUCCAUGCUGGUUGCCUUGGAACAGGCAGGGCGUUUGAACUGGUGGGUGAGUGUGGAUCCCACCUGUCAGAGGCUGCUUCCUUUGGCAACUACUGGAGAUGGGAACUGUCUCCUGCAUGCAGCCUCCCUUGGGAUGUGGGGUUUCCAUGAUCGGGACUUGAUGCUGCGGAAAGCUUUGUAUGCACUGAUGGAGAAGGGAGUCGAGAAGGAAGCAUUGAAAAGGCGCUGGAGGUGGCAGCAGACACAGCAGAAUAAAGAGUCAGGGCUGGUAUACACAGAGGAUGAAUGGCAGAAGGAGUGGAAUGAACUGAUCAAGCUUGCCUCAAGUGAACCCCGAAUGCAUCUAGGUACCAAUGGAGCCAACUGUGGUGGGGUGGAGAGUUCUGAGGAGCCUGUAUAUGAGAGCCUUGAAGAGUUUCACGUCUUUGUCCUUGCUCAUGUGCUUAGGAGGCCCAUAGUCGUCGUGGCAGACACCAUGCUGAGGGACUCCGGAGGGGAAGCAUUUGCCCCUAUUCCCUUUGGAGGAAUCUAUCUGCCUUUGGAGGUCCCAGCCAGCCAAUGUCACCGCUCCCCUCUGGUGCUCGCAUAUGAUCAGGCCCACUUUUCUGCACUCGUGUCCAUGGAGCAGAAGGAGAAUACCAAGGAACAAGCUGUGAUCCCACUUACAGAUUCAGAGUAUAAGCUGCUGCCCUUGCACUUUGCUGUGGACCCUGGAAAAGGAUGGGAGUGGGGCAAAGAUGAUAAUGACAAUGUCCGAUUGGCCAGUGUAAUUCUGUCCCUAGAGGUCAAAUUGCAUCUGCUGCAUAGCUACAUGAAUGUGAAGUGGAUCCCACUGUCCUCUGAUGCACAGGCUCCUCUGGCCCAGCCUGAGUCCCCCACUGCCUCAGCUGGAGAUGAGCCCCGGUCCACUCCUGAGUCUGGAGACUCAGACAAGGAGUCAGUUGGCAGCAGUUCCACCAGCAACGAGGGCGGCCGGCGGAAGGAGAAGUCAAAGCGAGAUCGGGAGAAGGAAAAGAAGAGAGCAGAUUCUGUAGCUAACAAACUGGGCAGCUUUGGCAAAACCUUGGGCAGCAAGCUCAAGAAGAACAUGGGGGGCCUGAUGCACAGCAAGGGGUCGAAGCCUGGAGGGGUGGGGACAGGGUCGGGGGGAAGCAGCGGCACUGAGACACUGGAGAAGAAGAAGAAAAACGCACUGAAGAGCUGGAAGGGUGGCAAGGAGGAGGCAGCUGGGGAUGGGCCUGUGUCUGAGAAGCCCCCAGCUGAGUCUAUUGGUAACGGAGGGAGCAAGUAUAGCCAGGAGGUGAUGCAGAGCCUGAGCAUUCUGAGGACUGCCAUGCAAGGGGAGGGGAAGUUUAUUUUUGUUGGAACCCUGAAGAUGGGUCACCGUCACCAGUAUCAGGAGGAGAUGAUCCAGCGCUACCUUUCUGAUGCUGAGGAGAGAUUCCUGGCAGAACAGAAGCAGAAGGAGGCAGAGAGGAAGAUCAUGAAUGGAGGAAUAGGGGGUGGCCCUCCUCCAGCCAAAAAGCCAGAGCCAGAUGCUAGGGAAGAGCAGCCGACCAGUCCCCCAACAGAGUCCAAGGCAAUGGCAUUUUCUACUGGCUACCCUGGGGGCUUUACUAUCCCUCGGCCUUCUGGGGGUGGAGUCCACUGCCAGGAACCCCGGAGGCAAUUGGCAGGAGGUCCAUGUGUCGGGGGCCUACCACCAUAUGCCACCUUCCCCAGACAGUGCCCUCCUGGGCGACCCUACCCCCAUCAGGACAGCAUCCCUUCUCUGGAGCCAGGCAGCCACUCUAAGGAUGGAGUUCACAGGGGUACAUUGUUACCACCCCCCUACCGAGUGGCCAAUUCCUAUAGCAAUGGCUACAGAGAGCCCCCUGAGCCAGAUGGAUGGGCUGGAGGUCUCCGGGGGCUUCCCCCAACCCAGACCAAAUGCAAACAACCGAACUGCAGCUUCUAUGGACACCCUGAGACAAACAACUUCUGUUCCUGUUGUUACAGGGAAGAACUGAGGAGGAGGGAGCGGGAACCGGAUGGGGAGCUCCUGGUGCACAGGUUCUGAACGGGUGGAACAUUGAAGGGCAAGGAGGCUAAACAAAGUUAAGCUCAACUAAUUGGCUCAUCAAGAACACAGUCCCCAUGUUGAUGGGGCAAAUGCAGUAAUGUUUGUGGGAGCCUGCCUGGAAACUUUUAAGUGUGUGCGCACAGGAGUGCUGCCAGGCUGGCAAGAGCAGGUCGGGGCUGGAUGGCGCCCCAGGGGCUGUACUAUUCCCCUGCAGAGCUUGACUUGAUGAGACUGAGGUACAAGGGGGAAAGAUGGCGAUUCUGUCUUACAACCUCCUGGGUCCCAUCCAAGGACCUAAGAGAAAGUAGCAGGGGAAGGUUUGGUGUGUGGGGGUGGGAGGUGGGCAGAAGUCUUGGGGAGGAAUGGGCAAAGGAGGUUCUCAGUCAAUAAAAGAAAACCAAAGUUCUUUAGGUUGGGAAAAAGCACAUGGUGGUGGAGUGAGAGGUGUGGAGGGGAAGUGGGAAAUUGGACAUAUUUGCUAUUGAUUUGAAUUAAGAUAGAAAUUAAGGUUGGAUAAAUUCUUCUCCUUGAAGGAUCUGGAAAGACAAGGCAGUAAUGUGUCCUCAUGGGUGCCUGUUAGGAGGUGGGGGUAGUUUAAAUCCGUUUGUUUAGAUGGGAAAGGGAGGAACUUAAAGGGAAAUCGUUUUCCUCUUAAGCUUUAUUUCCUUCCAAGCAGUCAUCUGUCACCUGUUUCAGUUUGAGAAGAGUUGAGAAGAGAUUGCUGAUUACCCCCUAUCUUUUCCUCAUCUAAGUCUUUAAUUGUAUUUGUUUAAGUUCCCAGUGGGAAAGGGAAGAGCGUGGUGAGAAUAGCAGUCGUGUGUGUUGCAUUUUCUCCAGGUGAAUUGGGACAGAACUGAUCUAUUUUUUAACCACGGCAAUAACCAUACAUUGGGGUUUGAGCGCACCUUGGGAGGGGUGGGAGGACAGACAUUUUAGCCAGACUAUUUCAAACAAAACCAAAAACCUAAGUAGAGCACUACAAUCCUUUAUGGCUGCUGCGUUUCUGUAGAAAGCAACUUAUUUUAUUGACUUUUUUUUAAGGAAAAGACCCCAGCAAGCAAAAACAUUUAAGAAAUGAUUUUUUUUCUCCUACUUAAGUGGUUUUUCUCCCUUUGCUCUACUUUUGGAGAAUGAACUUAACAUCCCGGCUUCUUUUGUUAAGCCAUAGCUGACCUUAAUCUGUGGUUAGUUUAUUAAAAUAAUUAAAAAUACUUUAUAAGAAGAGAUAUUUUUGAUAUUAGGACUGAUGUUGAAAUAUAUAGGGGCAAUUUAUAAAAAGGUAGUUAGAGAAAUAUAUUUUAGUGAACUAUAACCACAGAGCACAGAUGACUCCCAAUGAGCUGAUCUGUCUUUAGAUUUCUCCCUUUCCCUGACCCAUCCCUGUUCUCUAGGGGCUGGGAGUGGGGAUGUGGACACAGGAGGGGGAGCUCCUUCACAUUUUGCACAAAGCACAAGUCUAAACAGCCUAUGCUCUGGCCAGAGCCAUUUCUAAGAGCUUUAAACCAGAAGACCUAUCCUGGGCCAAUUUUCCUUUUUCUUUAUAUUAUUUUCCGGGAAAAAAAAGUCAACUAUGCAAUUGUAUACACUCCCGGGUGGAUGUGAAGAAGGAGAAUAAGUGUACUUAUGUGUCCAGAGUAUUAACUGGGGCUGUUUUUCUGUGUUUGGAUUUCUCUUUUGAGGUAUGUACUCAUAACCUAUCCCAUGGGACGUAAUCCCCACAUUUGAUCUAAAGCAGUUGUGCAUACAUGCAUGCGCAUGUGUGCGUACAUAUAUGUGUGUGUGUUUUCCUCCUCGGUAGCCAGUCAAGAUUGUCCUCAUUGGAAAUGCUCACGGUUUAGAAAGGUUAUUUUCUCCUCAACAAACUCAGAAAUCACCUAUUUUCCAAAUCUGAUUUAAUAAUUUCCUAUGGCUAUUAAUUCUUAGGGUUUUUUCUUUGAAAAUAGAUUUGUUUUAAAGAAGCAGUGAGAUUCCAAAGGAAGGGAUGUGUAUAUGUCUAAGCAGGUCUGGAACCUGGUAUGAGAUGAGCACUCCCCUAAGGUGCAAAAUUUAAGGGUUACUAUAAAACUAAUUAAUCAAGAUACUUUUAAAAAUGCAGUAUUUAAAAAAUUAGUGCAAAAAAUUUAUGUUGAGUAAAAUAGUGAAAUCUUACAGGAUCUGACAGGACUGAGAUUAGGAGGAGGGAAGUGGGACUGAAUUGAGUAAGUAUAGGGAUGAAUCAUUUUAAUUUAAAUUUUAAUACAUUGUCCAUCAUAGAUUUUUUUUACAUUAAUUGUGAUUUUUAAAAAAUGCUGCAUUAAAAUAGUAUUUAUCUUGGUUACUGGGUUUUUGGGCACUCGUUAAAUUUUGUGUCCAAGGUGAGUGCUUUACUCACCUCACCCUAGCUACGUCCCUGUUUCUGUGAUUUGAACAACACUAGUGAGAACACCACUGUGUGUGCCUCCACCCCCAUCACACACCAAACAACAACAGGUGGCUCAGACACCCUGAAUUUGCACAGCUCACCUAGCUUUCCUAAUUUAGGCCUCCAUAUCAUAGGAUGCUGGCCUGGACCAAUAGGAAUGAAAACAGACCAGGGGUUUUCCCAGAGAAUAAAGCCGGAAAAGUUUGAUUCUCCACUGGACUGCUGUGUUUGGAUUUGAUCUGUUGUUAGAUUCUAGUUAAUACUUUUGUUUUUAACAACUGAGGACAAAUGAACAAAAAACCUUGUAUCAUGUUUGUUUUUAUUUAUAAGUUAGCCAAUCCCAAUUCCUUUUGCCUUAUUUUCAAAUAAAAAAAGAUGGAAAUUUUGAGGGGUGGUGUGGGGUGAAUAUGGUAAAAUGGGGCUUUCGGCCUUAUAGCUUUUUAUUAAGAAAUAAAUUAUUUUUUUUAUUUGGGAAGGUAACUAUUUAUUGAGGCAUUGAAAAACCUCUCCAUUCUAAGGAUGAGAGACCCUGAGACAAUGGAUAUUUUUUAUAGGAGAUAGUGAAGUUUGUUUUGCUUCAUUCUUUUGGGGAGGGACUUGGUGGGAUGGGGGGAGGUGAAGGAAUAAUGCCUGGGAAAUUAAUAUAGAUUCAGCUUGGUUUGUGGUAUUUUGGGAGGAUGAGGGAAUAGAAGAGGCAAGCCCAUGUCGUUACUGGGUUAGACAGAAGGAAAGAAGGGACAUAUGGCCUGCACUGGAAAUGGGCAGAAAAAUUGCUUAGUUAAGGAGGGGUGUGUGAGUGAAGGGGGAAGGUAGACCCUUUAACCCCAAGUGAGGGAUGAUAUAUCUCUCAGGCUUACAUUUAAGUGCACUUAGUUCCUUUAAUCCAGGGCAACUGGGGUACCUACUGAAGUUUUUAAUGGAGAGGGGAGAUUUUCAGGGUUCUUGUUUUUCCCUUUUUGAUGUUAGACAGUGCUACUCCCUCCCUGCUAUGCUCUCCGCCGCAUCUCCAGUGGAGUAAGUAUUACUGUAGGUUAGGCCUCUGCAUCUUCCUUAACCUAUGCUGCAUUUAUUGAAAGUUACAAGAGUUAACUAGAAGUCUUUCCUCCAUACUGGUUUUUAUCAACAAAAUAAAAAGAUUAUAUCCAAA